AUGGAUAGAAGCUUUAAAGAAAUUGUACACCAAAUGAUCUAUUGCAAGGAGCAAGAAACUGUCUCAGCCAAGUGCCCUGAAGAAGAGAUGAGCAUCACAGAGAUUCUUAAAGAUUUGGAAGUAAUCCUUGAGAAAGAGCUAGAGAACAAUAGCAGUUCAGACAUUGGAAAUUUAAGUGGUUUUGGUCCAGAGAAUGAGACGGAUGACAAGAUGCUGCCUCUGGAUUAUAACAAACAUCAAGUCUGGCACUAUCCAGCACCAACAUCUUUGAGCCCAAUUAAAGAAGAAACAAUUCUGACCCCUUCCUAUGACCCUUCAUUGAAUUGUGAGACCAAUGCACAAGGUAUCUUUGGAUUACAAGAAUUGAGAAAAAUUUUAUCACCAGUAGAAAACAAUCAUAAAGGGGCUGUUAAGUACAUUUCAGCAAGUGCCUACAAACGUAUGACAGGAGACAAACUGCAUAGUAUGCAUCAAUUUCAUUUAAAAGCUCAAAUAUCCAAGCGGAAAAAUGUUGACAUUUUUAGCAAACCACCUUCAUUUGAAUGCUCUGAAUUCUCAGAUGAGCCAUUUUGCUCAUCACCAUGUGAUGAAAAAGAAAUGGAUACUAUAUAUAAAUAUGAAAACAGAUUUGCAAACACUCUUCAUAAUGGCAGUCCUGUCUCAAAUGAGUCUCCUACAAUAGGGAAUUCUCAAUCUGUGCAAGUUAAUCAGAGUUUAGACAAUGCAACAGACUUUCUAGACUGGUCUUCUUUGGAUACAGACAGCACCAUUGAACAGCCUACCAUACUAGCGAUUGAGUCCCCGAUUUAA